AUGGGUGAGGAGGAGAUGGAAGAAGUGCUCAAAACCCUUCCCGUAGAGAAACUCCCAGAAGGUAUUGAUAUCUGUUUCUAUGAAGGGCAUUGGUAUCGAUCUGUAUUCAUCCAUGGCAUCAUCAAAUUUCAGCAACACUUCAAAGCACAAGACACUGAUCUGAUACUAGCCACCUUCCCAAAAUCAGGCACAACAUGGUUGAAAGCUCUCGCAUUCACCAUAGCAAACCGUAACAACUACCCUGUCAGUGAAAGCCCAUUGCUUAUCACAAACCCUCACAGCCUCAUCAAUUUCCUCGAAUUUGACUUCUAUGGCAAGAACUCAAUCCUCAAGCUUGAAGACUUGCCUAGCCCUAGAGUCUUAGCAACCCAUAUGCCACACUCUGCAUUGCCUACUUCCAUUAAAAACUCUAAUUGUCGCGUUGUCUAUCUCUGUCGAAACCCUCUAGAUGUGUUUAUCUCAUUUAGACAUUUUGCUGCUAAGCUUUCAAAUAAACCUUUCGAUCCAAGUUUGAUAAAGGAAAGUUUUGACAUGUUCUGUCGUGGUGUGUCCACAUAUGGGCCAUUCUGGGAUCAUGCGUUAGAGUACUGGACGGCAAGUCAAGAGAGACCAAACAAGGUGCUAUUUUUGAAAUAUGAAGAUAUGAAAGAAGACCCCAUUUCUCACUUUAAAGUGUUGGCUAAGUUCAUGGGUUUACCUUUCUCUGUGGAAGAAGAGAGCCAAGGGGUGAUUGAGGAAGCAUUAAAGUUGUGCAGUUUUAACAACUUGAAAGAUUCAGAGGUAAACAAGUAUGAAAAAAAUAGAAGGGGACAUCCGUAUAACAUGUUCUUUAGGAAAGGUGAGGUGGGAGAUUGGGCUAAUUAUCUUACUCCUUCCAUGCUUGAACGCAUGAACAAGCUUAUGGAAGAAAAAUUUGCUGGCUCUGGUUUGAAUUUCAAAUUCUCUUAA